CAACAUAAAUUUUUUGUUUUUGUUUGUGACAUUUGUUCUUAUUUGUUUUGUUGUUGUUAUUUGAAAUUAUAGGCAUUAGCGGAAAUGUAGGUAAUAUUGUAUAGAAGCGAAUUAUCGUGAUUAAAAUAUGAAGAUUGAUAUUUGAGCGCGUUUACAACUACAUUCGCCAUUCGGAGUCGUCAGCCCAUACGCGGCGCUCGCUUGUAUGCUUCCUAUCUUUACGUUUACUUGAUUUUACUUUUAGUUCGUGCGCAUCGUUCGUUUAUUAUUCAUCGGGAAAAAAACUUUAAAAUAUGAUACCGGCCUCCGAACUGUGGAGCAGCGCGCGCGCGGCGGGCGGCGCGUGGCUGCGCUGGUCGCACGCCAAGGGGCUGGGGCCCUUCUUCAAGGCGGUGUGCGUGUACUGCGUGGCGGGCGGCGGCGCGCCCUCGCCCUCCGCCGCCGCGCUCAAGUGCGCGCCCGUGCUGUGCCUGCUGCUGUGCGUGCUGCUGGCCGCGCCCGCCGCCAGGGCGACGUACGCGCGGCGCGUGUGCGCGGGGCUGGCGCUGUCGGCGCUGGGCGACGCGCUGCUGGUUUGGCCGCAGCACCUGCUGGCCGGCAUGGCGGCGUUCGGCGGCGCGCACGCGUGCUACAUCCGCGCCUUCGGGCUGCGGCCGCGGCGCUGGGCGGCGGCGGCGGCGCUGCUGGCGGCGGCGCUGCUGUACGCGCGCGCGCUGCCGGCGCCGGGCGCGCUGCGGCCGCCCGUGGCGCUGUACGCCGCGCUGCUGGCGGCCAUGGCGUGGCGCGGCGCGGCGCGGCCCGGCGCGCAGCGGCCCGGCGCGCUGCUGUUCGCGCUGUCCGACGCCAUCCUGGGGUACGCGCUGUUCGCGGCGCCCGUGCCCGGCGCGCGCGCGCUCGUCAUGUCCACCUACUACCUGGGCCAGCUGUGCAUCGCGCUCAGCGCGCUGGAGCCCGAGCCCGCGCCGGAGCCCGAGCCCGCGCCGGCGCCCGAGCCCGCGCUCGCGCCAGCGCCGGCCUAGUCUUCCAGUACCAGCCGUGUGAGAAUUAAUAAAACAAAAUGAAUACCGGAGCAAGAAAAACGACAAACGUCUUUCCAAAAGAAUUAACUUUUAAGAAUUAAUUUCUAACUGUAAAAACGUGAUUGUUCGCUCGUGAUUAAUCGCUCGAAGUCUCAUACGUCGACUUGCGUCGCUCGACACGUCUCGUACGUACGAGUAGGUAAUGUCUGUACAUAUCACGGCAGGCGCCGUAGCAUAUCUCCACCGCGCCGACACAUUCACAGUCGCUACAGUACAGCAGCGCAGCCGGCGGGCGCGGGCGUGCGCCGAAACAUAUCUAGAGUGAGUAGCAGAUCUGAAUAGUACUUGUAUUUUGUAAAACUAUACCUCGAUGUUUGUAUCGUUCCUGUAGUGUGUGCUCUAGCUGUCUCCUAGGGCCGGCGGACGGUAGACGCUCUAUCCGUUAGUGUGUAAGUAUAAUAACAAAUAAUAAGUAUUUUUGACAGACAGUGGCGUUAUCAUGAACUGUACCUUAGGGACAACAAGUAGGUUGAGUAGGUAAGAUACCUGCUCGUAGUCUCUCUAGCCUGUAAACAUCCACUUGUACUGUAUAAGGCUGUUUAUUUAGUAUUAGAGGUGAGGUGAGGGGGAGGGGGAGGACCAGAGGGGGGAGGUGCUUGUGAGAGCACUUGAGACACGUGCCUAUUGAACGUUAUUUUCGUGUAAUGUUUUAUUCCAUGUUAUAAUAUGUUAUAUGCCAAUAUAUCUACUUACUUUGUAGUGGAAAAUAAAUUAUUGUUGAAACAUA